AUUAAGCCCUGUUCUUCCUCCAGUCUCCUAUAUAAGACUAGAGGGAUCUCUACAGUCACAACACAGAGACCAAAUCUGAGUGAGGAGAGAAGAAAGAGCGAAAACGAGGAGAAUUAUUAAAGUGUUUGAUAAAACUGGAACUAUGAGGAUUUUCCUUUUGCUGUUUGGGAGCCUUGCAGUGGCGGUGGCCCUCCCUGUGCAGGACUGGGUACCAGUGGAGAGUUUAGUCGCACCACCAGGAGAGAGGAACCCUCUGCUGGGAGACAUUCUCCCUAUUCAAGGCCGUGUCAUCCAAGAGGAUCCAAAACCUGUUGUUCAGGUGAAACCAGCGGAAUUAAACCCAGUGCAACAGAACCAGCUGGUUAAAUCCAAAAGUCUAGUGGAAGAUGUGCCUGUUUUGAAGAUUAUAGAAGAGACAGAAGAGAGAGAAUCUGUCAUGAAUGAGCCCAGAGGUCAAGUCCAGGCUCCAUUAAACAUGAUGGAGGAGCAUCUGCCAGCAGAGGAGCCAGUGGAGGAGCUAGAACCUGUUCAAAGCCUUCAAGAGGUUGCAGAGUUAAAUCCCAACAGAUUGGAGGAGGAUCCAAUGAUUCAGCAAGAACCUGAGAAAGAGGAGACGUUUGUAGAAGAUGAGGAGAAUUUCCUGCAGGAAGAGGCAUCAAAGGAAGGAGAGGAGUUAAUGAUGGGACUGGAACCUGAAGAUACAUUAGCAGAAGAUGACAGACUGAUCAUACAAGAAGAGGAGUUAUUAGAUGCUGUGGCACCACCUAUAAUGGAGCUGGAUGCUGUUCCAGAACCUCGUGAAGUCAAUCAGAGAAGCCCCAAUGAAUUCUUGGAGGAGCCUGUGAUGGAGCUAGAACCUAAAAAAGAGGAAGUGUUUGUUGAAGAUGGGGAGAAUUUCCUGCAGGAAGAGGCAUCAAAGGAAGGAGAGGAGUUAGAGAUGGGACUGGAACCUCAAGAGGCAUUAGCAGAAGAAGAGAGAAAUAUCCUGCAAGAGGAGGAGUUAUUAGAUGCAGAAGAAGCCCCAGUAAUGGAGCCUCAUGAAGUAUAUCACAGAAACGCCAAUGAAUUCUUGGAGGAACCUGUGAAGGGGCUAGAACCUGAGGAAGAGCAAACAUUUGUAGAAGAUGAUGAUGAGAAUUUCCUGCAAGAAGAGGCAUCAAAGGAAGGAGAGGAGUUAGAGAUGGGACUGGAACCUCAAGAGGCAUUAGCAGAAGAAGAGAGAAAUAUCCUGCAAGAAGAGGAGUUAUUAGAUGCAGAAGAAGCCCCAGUAAUGGAGCCCCAUGAAGUGUAUCACAGAAACGCCAAUGAAUUCUUGGAGGAACCUGUGAUGGAGCUAGAACCUGACAAAGAGGAGACAUUUGUAGAAGAUGAUGAUGAGAAUUUCCUGCAGGAAGAGGCAUCAAAGGAAGGAGAGGAGUUAGAGAUGGGACUGGAACCUCAAGAGGCAUUAGCAGAAGAAGAGAGAAAUAUCCUGCAAGAAGAGGAGUUAUUAGACGCAGUGGAACCCCCAUUGAUGGAGUUGGAUGCUGUUCCAGAACCUCAUGAAGUCCAUCAGAGAAACCCCAAUGAGUUCAUUGAAGAGCCAGCAAUGGAGUUACAGCUUGAGGAAACUUUUGUAGAAGAUGAGGACAAUUUCAUGCAAGAGGAGGCAUUAAUGGAGAAUCCUGAGGCAGCCCUGUAUCCAGCGUUGGAGUAUGAACCUUCACAAGACGAAUUGUUAAUGCAGCAUCAAAUCCAACAAAGAACAAAAGAAGCAGAGUCAAACAUGAUAGAGAAUCUGCCAAGUGAGAAAGAGCUCAUGAUGCCUGAUCAGGAUAAUCUGGAUGAACCUUUAAUGAAUCAGAAUGCAAGACAAAAGAGAGAAGACAGUGAGAUGGAACCAGCUGAUGGUAAUCCAUCCAGCAACAGGUGGCGGUCAUGUAAUGGUGUGAUAAGUAAUGGUAAAUGUUACGUGUUCUUCAGUGGACCCAAGAAAGCACCUGAUGCAGAGUUCUUCUGCCAGAACAAUUUCCAAAAUGGACAUCUGGCUUCUGUGACCAGUAGAUACCUGCACAACCAGAUGAUGGGGCUCAUGGACAGAAAUGGAGGUCGCAGACGCACCUGGAUUGGAGGCCUGAGAUACCUGGAUACUGGACGCUGGAUAUGGCUGGAUGGGGCUCAGUGGGGCUAUGCUGACUGGUUACCUGGAGAGCCGAAUAACACAGCUGGUGUGGAAAACUGUGUGGAGAUAUUAAGUAAUGGAAAGUUCAAUGACAUGCCGUGUUGGGAUCUGAGGGCCUUCAUCUGCUCCUAUCCUUAUUAAAGAGUCUCCCUGCCUUCUGCUCCUGACGUCACAAACCUUUUUGCCUUAAAUGUUGAUUCAUAUUGUAUUUUAAUUGUAAAUAUUGUAAUUACAUAUAGUCUUCGUAAUACAUUAUAAAGUAUAUUCCCAUAUUGUACAUGUACAUAUGAAUUAUUAUUGAUGAAUUGCUGUGACAUGUGCCACAUGACUAAUGUAUAUAAAAUUAUGUAUUAAAACAUCUUUUUUGUACCAUGA